AUGGAAGCAAAGGAACAAAGAUAUUUUUUUGUGGGUCUGAAUAUGAGUUCAAGAAUUGGAGUCUUAACGUUCAUAAUCUUGCUUUUCUUCCAAAUUUGCUAUGUGUCUGCGCUCACAAAUGGAAUAGACGCUACUGCGUUACAAUCCAUAAGGAAUGAAUGGAGCAAGUAUCCAGAAAGCUGGAAAGGCUCUGAUCCUUGUGGAAGCAAUUGGGUUGGCAUUACAUGUAACAAGGAUCGCGUUGUUUCAAUAUCAGUAGGCAACCUUAACUUGGAAGGAAAGCUUUCUGGGGAUAUUUCAGAGCUGUCUGAAUUGCAGAUCUUGGAUUUGUCAUACAAUCCUGGAUUGUCUGGACCUCUUCCACCAAAUAUUGGUGACCUCAAGAAGUUGAGGAACUUGAUCCUUGUCGGAUGUGCUUUCAGUGGUCAGAUCCCCCAGUCAAUAGGAUCUCUAAAACAACUUAUAUAUCUAUCCCUGAAUUUAAAUCAAUUUAAAGGAACCAUUCCGGCGUCAAUUGGACUGUUGUCAAAUUUAUAUUGGUUUGAUAUAGCUGACAAUCAGAUUGGAGGAAACAUUCCAAUUUCUAACGGGACUUCACCUGGACUUGACAUGCUUCUUGAAACUAAGCAUUUUCAUUUCGGGAAAAACAAACUUUCAGGUGAAAUCCCCGAAAAACUCUUCAGCUCUAACAUGACUUUGAUACAUAUGCUAUUUGAUGGAAACCAAUUCACAGGCAAAAUCCCGGACAGCCUCAGCCUUGUUAAAUCAUUGGCAGUGUUACGUCUCGACAGAAAUAAACUAAGUGGAGAUAUUCCUUCGAGUCUUAAUAAUCUGACGAAUCUUAACGAAAUGUACUUGGCCAACAACAGAUUAACGGGCAGUCUUCCAAAUUUAGCUAGUUUGAACAGUCUCUACACAUUAGAUGUGAGCAAUAAUACUUUGGAAUUCUCAGUCAUUCCAUCAUGGCUUUCGUCGUUACGCUCCCUGUCAACAUUAAGGAUGGAAGGGAUACAACUUGAAGGUCCAAUACCAAUCUUCCUCUUUAGCCCUACUGAACUACAGACUAUUAACCUAAAGCGCAAUGGUAUAAACGAAACAUUGGACUUUGGUACCAAUUAUAGCGAGCAGUUGGAGUUUGUGGAUUUGCAAAGUAAUGACAUAACCCAUUAUAGGCCAACAUCUAGUAAACACAUCCAAGUAUUAUUAGCAAACAAUCCGGUGUGCAUGGAGUUGGGGAACGUACCGAGUUACUGCUCAAUAGUCCAGCAUAACUCUUCAUUUUCAACUCUCCCAACAAACUGUGCUCCAUGUGUUCUGAACAGAACACCAAGUCCCACGUGCCAAUGUGUGUAUCCAAUCACUGGAACACUCUUCUUCAGAUCUCCUUCAUUCUCCGGGUUUUUCAACUCCACCAACUUCUUGAAUCUUCAGCAGGGAAUGGUUGAGUUCUUUAAGAAGUUCGGUUAUCCGGUUGACUCGGUGGCUAUCAGAAACAUAAGAGAGGAUACAACUGACCGUCAGCUUCUAAUAGAUCUCUUGGUCUUUCCAUUGGGAAAAGUUAGUUUUAAUCAAACAGAAAUGGCAAUUCUUGGUUUUGCGUUUAGCAACCAGACUUACAAGCCUCCCAAGAUAUUUGGUCCUUACAUUUUCCAAGCCAAUCCGUACGGUUACUUCUCAGAUAUUGGAGGUGGUUCAGAAGUAGGAAGGUCCAAGUCACUAAGCACAGGCGGUAUCAUCGGAAUAGUAUUCGGUGCUGUUGUGCUGCUGUUGGAAUUGGAUUUGGGAUAUGGAUUUCUCUUUGUUGUAAAAAAAGAGAGCAGAAGAACAAAGGAAAGGGAAAUGAUCGAAUUAAUCAUCAACAAGUCCGCGUUACAGAGACUGAGACAGAAACCUCAGUACGAGUAA